UUUAAGUUCUGCGCGUUACGUAGUAUAGCCGCAGAACGUAUGUCUCAACGUUAUGUCGCACAUAAACUAGUGCGCGGAUCACUGAUGCGUAUAUCACGUGAUCAGUGAUUGGUCAUGUGGUUUUAGGCGGUAAAAUGCUCGUGGAAAUCAGUUCUACGCUCGGUUUCGAUUGUGAAGGACAAUUUUGAGCAGCCAUGAAUAGAGCGGAGAUGUCGGGGUUUAUUGAGGAGAAAGUUAAAGAGGUUGUAAAAGCAAACAACGAGGAGCUUCUGGGAAGCAUAAGUAACAUGCUUUCGAAGAUAAGUGACAAACCUUCUUCUGCUAUUUCAAUUUUGAACGUGCCAAAAUUUAAACGUAAAAGUAAUGAAGAACAAUUUAAACUUAAUGCAAAGGUUAUUGACAAAUUAGCAGUCGCUCAAGCAGCCGUAGAAACACAGGAUUUAUCGUCUGCUAAAGAUUCUAUUAUUCAAGCAUGGGAGUUAUUGAAAAGGCGGCAAAAACUGGUGUUGCUUGCCGACACUUCAGAUUUGGGCUGGAAAACGGUGAACGAAUACGAAACCAACCCUAUCGCUAGUGACAGCGAUGAUGAGAGGCGGAUUUUCAAGGCUGAGGCACGUGCUAGCAGGAAGGCUAAAGCAGACAAAACAAAAAAGGCGAGAAAAAGCAGCAGGCCGUAUAGACGUCUGGAGACUUCAGGAUCGUCAUCACAGACUCAACAGGGCACAAGACAAAGGCCAGGUUCUGGCUUGAGACAAACACUCAAAAGCAAGUUUCAUGAUGCCGGUGUAAAUAUAAACGACGAAAAACGUGUUAUAGACAGAAUGGCUGUACAUAUAUUAGAUUCUAGGGCGGAUAGCACAGUGGACAAAUAUACAUAUCAAGUAAAAGCGUUUAGAGAUUUCUGUACACAGAAGGGAUUUUUGUGCAAUCCCGCACAUUCCAUUCACGUAGCCAUGUAUCUAUCCAAUUUAAUCGAUAUUGGUAAAUCAGACAGUGUAAUUACAGCAGCAUUUUACGGCAUUAAAUGGUAUCAUAAUAUAAAUGACUUCGCAGAUCCGACAGAAGACGUUAUAGUAAAAUCUAUGUUAGAGUGUGCAAAGCGUACCAACUCUAGACCCAGGACAAAGAAGGACAUUAUAAGUUCUGAUCACUUAAAGGAACUGUGUAACAUGUUUUCAGAUUCAUCAGAUGUUAUUGUGCUCCGGGAUUUAACUAUGAUUUUUUUAAGUUAUGCAGGAUUUUUGCGUUUUGAUGAGGUCAGCAAUUUACGCCGUAAUGAUAUAAGUAUUAAGAGUGAAUAUUUGUCUUUGUCAAUUAAGAAAAGUAAAACUGAUAUAUACAGGGGUGACAAAGAAGUUCUUAUUUCUAGAGGUCAAACUUCAGCCUGUCCGGUAACUAUGUUACAAAGGUAGACUGCAUCAAUGAGAAGUUUAAUUCUGAUUCUUACAUUUUUAGGCCUGCCUGUAGGUCACGUCAAAAAUGUUUUUUGAUUCAUAAAAAUAAAAAGUUGAGCUACACUCGUGCAAAAGAGUGUAUUGUUUCUUAGUUAAAGAUUGUUGCACCCGAUUUGCAUUUAGGAACGCAUUCACUGAGAGCAAGCGGUGCUACCAACGCUGCUAAUGCAGAACGUAUUUCAGAUAGGUGUUUAAAGCGACAUAGUCGUUGGAAAUCUGAUUUGGCCAAAGACGGUUUUAUAGAUGAUUCUUUAGAGAAAAAACUUUUUGUUACUAAACAGUUAAAAUUGUAAUUGUAUGCUGUAUUGUUGAGAAUAAUUUGAAUUUGAAUAUCCUCCUCUAACAUUUGUAUAGGUUAUAUCGUAAGCCUUGCCCAUUGCAAAACUGUGUUUGUGUUUUGUGCUAAAUAAGGUUAAGACUUUUAAGUUCUGCGCGUUACGUAGUAUAGCCGCAGAACGUAUGUCUCAACGUUAUGUCGCACAUAAACUAGUGCGCGGAUCACUGAUGCGUAUAUCACGUGAUCAGUGAUUGGUCAUGUGGUUUUAGGCGGUAAAAUGCUCGUGGAAAUCAGUUCUACGCUCGGUUUCGAUUGUGAAGGACAAUUUUAUUCAAAUUCGAAUAUUGUAUUUCAGCCAGUUGUUGCAUAUGGCUUUGUAAUAAAUAUUUGUGAUAAAUCGGAAACAUAAGACAUUAAACAGAUUUUAUAUAAAAAUAUAUGUAACAGUCAUACAAUCAUUUAUGUUGAUAAAAUAUUUGUAACAAGCUAUAUAGGUAUACUGUAACUAACCCUGGUAUGAUAGGAACAGUUUUCCAGAGUCUUUUAACAUUCCUUAUAAUGGGCUGAUUGUUUAAUCUCUGGUUUUUAACCUGACUUAUCAUAUCUUGGUUAAUAUAGUUUGUAAGGAUAUUCACAAAACGAUAAUAUACAAGUGAAAUUGUUUAUCUUUUUAUAUGUAUACGGUUUGUCGUAUCAUAAUGUAUAUUUGUAUGUAUGAAAACGAAGUUUUACAAUAACAUGUACUUGUACACACUGCUCAAAUAAUAAACAAUCGUAAGCCUUGCCCAUUGCAAAA